AUGAUACCCCGGAUAGCGCUCUCGGCGCUUCUCUACGCCUCCACCGCAUUCGCUGUGUGCACCAAGCUCGAAGACUGUCCCCAAUUCGAAGCCCUCAAAACCGAUGAAUGUCAGACCUACCAUCACUUCCUCGCCCGCGGCUCUACCUCGCCUUACCCAGGUCACGUCAUCGAGACUGUUGGCAAAGUAUGCAACGCCCUCAAUACCAAGGAAAACCCCAAGGCUUGCGGAUAUGAGGAUGUGCAGUAUUGGGCCAUGAACGGUGGAGAGCGAUGGUGCAUAUCCUCGCACGAGGGUGCCAUGAACGGCGCCGAGCAGAUGAGGAACUACACUGCCCGCUGCCCAGACAGCCACUUGAUCGUGAUGGGCUUCAGCCAGGGUGGAAGCGUCAUGCUUGAUGUGCUUGGUGGCGGUGGUGGUCCAUUAUGGGGCUGCACGCAAGAAGAAAACCCGGCCAUGAACAUUACAAGUGCGCCUGGCUCCAAGGUCGCGGCAGCAGUCGUAUUCGGCCCUACACGACGUUCCGCAAACCAAACCUUCACUCAUGGCGGCGGCGAGAUCUCAAACGGCGGCGCACCACGAACAGCUGAGCAGAAUGCAGGACUCCAGCCCUAUGCUGACGCCGGCAAGCUCCGCGAAUACUGCCAGCCCGGCGACCCGAUUUGUGCACCCCACAGCGAGAACAAAGACAUGUCCAAGCACCUGAACUACUUCGACCUGUUCGGUGAUGAGGCAGCGCAAUGGGUCAUUGACCUCGCCAAGAAAGCUGAGAGCGGCGACCGCACGUCCGGCGCGAAGAGCAUGCUACACCAGACCAUCUCCCAUCCUGUCGCCAACAUCUUCGUUCUCAUCUUUGUGCUGUUCGUCAUAUAUUUCGCAGUGAGGAAGUUCGCCGUGUGGAAGACCUCGCGCUUCCCCAUGUACACUCGCGUCAACUCGACCGAAACCGUAUGA